GGCAAUCAGUCUAGUAAGUUCAGUAGUAGGCUCGCGCGCCUGCUGUAAGGGUGGCUGCUUGGCACGCAGCCUGCAGCUCGCCUUUUUCGUGCUUCUCUCGCUGUCCCAUCGCUAUCCUUUUUUUCUUUUGUAUUUAACAUAAGCCGUCCUUCGCAUUGCCAUUAUGUUUUUUAACGGGGGAAAAAAAUUUCUAUUAAAUUGUAAACUAAACAUAUCGUAACAGGUGCGUGGGUGCGUAUAAGUGUGUACGAAGAAAUUAAUACAUAUCAGUAAUAGUUGACAAUAUAAGAUUCGCAAUACAGAGAUUAGUGCAAACUAGCAUAAAUGCUGCUCUAAUCAGAGUAUUUAGCGUAGCAGAUAUGAUACAGCGAUGAGCCUGCAGGCACAGGCUCAAGCACAGCGCUCUGCGAGGUACUCCCCUCAAGAGACCAUCAAGAUCUAUACCGAUUGGGCGAAUUAUUAUUUGGAGAGAGGCGGUUGCAAGAGAAGAGUGACAGAUCUGCAAACGGAUCUUUGCGACGGUGUUCUUCUUGCCGACCUGGUCGAGGCAGUCACCAAUCAAAAGGUGAUCGACGUGAAUAGGAAACCGAAGAACUCGCAACAAAUGGUCGAGAACGUGAGCCUGUGCGUAGGAGCGCUCCGAGCUCUUGGGGCGGACGUGGGCUCCGUGAAUCCUAGCGAAUUGGCUGCAGGAUCAACCCUCUGGCCGGUCCUCGCCCUUCUUUUCGCCCUCUCACGAUACAAACAGAGAGCCAAACAACUUCAAGACAUGCCUAGAUUGCCGUCACCGUACAACAAGCAGUCGGCAGUCGGGGGUGCAGGUGGCGGUCCUGGCGCUGGAACCACGAGCAUACCCUUGCCUGCCACCGUAGCUGCGACCAGAAGGUGUCCCCCGGACAAGGUUAGGCCGGCUCCUACGCCCACGCAUCAAUCGCAACUCGGUGGUUUGAAGCACGGAAACGGCGGCAUAGGCAGCGCGAGCAGUUCCAGAAGCACGAGUCCGAGUCAACAACAACAAUCACCCCAAACCGGACUCUCCUUCAUUCCCCAACCGAGAAAUCAAAAUUCGACCAACAGGCAACCCUCCACCACCACCCCGAGCCCUCGAGCCUCGACGGUGGGCAAGCCGGGGGGUGUGAGGGGCGGGGGCCAGUCCUCCCCUUACGCGGGGGCGCCCCCCCAGCAGAACAAGAACUCGGUGCUGGACAAGUUCAAGCUUUUCAACAACAAGGAGAAGAGCCAAGAUCGGGGCAAGGCUUCGUCAGGCGUCUCGAAACGGACCUCGAGCUCGUCCGGCUUCUCCUCGGCCAGGUCGGAGCACUCGGACAGCUCGACGUCCCUCUGCGACCAGAGCAAGCUUCAAGUCGAGUCGCCCAAGAGCCGCGCGCUCAAGUCGAAGUUGCAGUCGGCCAAGGCCGGGAAACAGGCGAGCCCGAAGGCCGGGAGGAAGGAGCAGGGCAAAGGGCAGAGCAAGAUAGCGCGGACGAAGGGCGCUGCCGACAAGUUGCUCGUCUACGCGGCGCCUCCCCUCGAGGAUGUCAAGCCGAGCGGCAAGAUCGCCGCCUCGGCGGCCAAAAUGAUGCCGCCGCCUCCCGCCUCCCUCGAGACCAAGAGAUCCUCGAAUCUGCACGAUUUGUUGAAGCAGCAGCAACAACAAUCGAGCCAGGCUUCGCAAAAAUCGAAUCCGUCAUCGACGGGCCCUAAACAGAUCGGGGUGCAAGAGGCGAAGAGCCUCUCGAAGAACGAGAGCCUGUCGAGGCAGCAACCGAGCACGAGGCCGAGGAUGGAAUUGCCGGCCAAGUUAUCGGACGCGGCGAAGAUCCAGCCUCAAAAGGUUCCGCCGAACGGGUUGAACAAAGACGUGCUCGCCCAGAAAGGUUUGUUGUUGAGCAACGGGACGAUGAAACAGGCGGAGGAUCACGAGGGGAUCGAGGACGAGAAUAAUUCGACGAUCGAGCACACUUUGUCCAUGAAUCAGGCUAAUCUGUGCGAGCAGAGGUCGGCGAUGGAGGGGAAACGGAAGGAGAUCGGCGCGGACGAGGAGCAGAGCUUGGACGGCUCCGCGAGGCAGGGCGGGUGUUUGAAGGGGGGACGGGUCGAGAUGCUCGAGUUGGAGGGGAACGGGAGGCAAACGCCGUCCCCCUUCCUGCCUCGCAACCCUCCUGACGCGGCGACGAACGAGGCGAAAACGACGGGUAUUCAAGAAGCGAUCGGCCCUCCGACGACCAUCGUCGAGCAACAACAGCAGCAGCAGCAGCAGCAACAUCACGCGGUUAAUUUUGGCGCGGGGAAACAGCACUCGAUGGCGGGCAGCGGGCCGUUGCAAGGCUCGAGUUUGAUCGGUUCCGGGAGUCCGGGUUCCAGCAUUCCGAAGCCCACGGCCUUGGUGAAAGGCACCUCGAAACCGCCGAAGGAAAACAACAUGCCGGGCGUACCGACGCCCACGAAAUUAAAAGCAGACGUUUUGCAUCGCAAGCUCGAUCCGAAUACGGUCGCAAUGGUGUCGCCUAUGCCAAGUAUAUCCGAUCUAAUGUCCGAGAGUUCGCACAGCAAUUCGAAUAGCACCGGUCAGAGCAAUUCCAGCGACAGCAGCGUUAUUUACAGGCCGAGCAGCGAGAGCGGGAGCGAGAUAAAAACUAUACCGAACAGAAAAAUCGAUACCACGUUCGAGCAAAUGGAGAAGGUUUUGUCCGAGAGUUCAACGUGCGGAGGGGGAGGGGGAGGAGGGGGAGGAGGGGGAGGAGGGAUGGGCGACGACGAGGCGGAGAUGACGGUGAAGCCCAUGCAACCUCUGCUCCGCGGUUACACGCCUGGCGCAAGGGCCCUUCAGACGUUGCCCAGCAGAACGAACGCGCGACAGUACACGAUUCUUCAUUCCUCCUCUCAUCAUCAUGUCGGUCACGAUUACGCGGACAUCGACGUCGCCUCCGGUUAUCUGAGCGACGGGGAGGUUCUUCGCGGUGGUAUGACCGUCGGUAGCAGGACUCUGUCCGACUUGUGCGACGGUUACAUGUCCGAGGGCGGUGCUUCGUUGUACGCGCGUAGAAUCAAUCCGUCUUACGGUCAUGAUCACGAGAGAUACGUGGGCGGUUCGAGGCGAGAGUUGUCAGGGGUGAAGGAACUGGUGACCUCGAGGAGGGUGCAGAAGAGACCCUCGGCGAACGUCGUAAGGUCGGAUGGAGGUUGCAUCGGGAACAGUCCAGGAAGCGGCGGUGUGAUCGCGGCCGGUUUGCUGGGCGGUUGCAGCGGCGGCAACGACGCCUUAGCCGAGUUAACCAUCGAGGACCUGGCAUCUAUUCCCGCCGGAAAUCACACCUCCGCCAAUCACACAGGCCAUUCCUCUCAUCACAAGAGGGUGCCGGGUGGUGGAGGAGUGAUUGUGGGGGGUGGCGGUAAUUCGGCCACCCCCCAAGGUGCACAGCAGGGCAGCAACCUGGUGUAUCGCGUGGUGAGCUCGAGGCAUCCUGGAAGCGGGCAUCAUCCGCACGUGAAAAAGUCGGAUAGCUCCCAGCAAACCGACAACUCGGCGUUCAAGCAUCAGCAGCAACCGGGUUUGAAUAGCAGCUCGGCGACGAACAGCAGCUCGAACAGCCAGCAAUGGAAAAAAUAUAUCGAGGCUGGAGCCGCGAGGGAUCGGGAGAGAGACAAGGAGGGCGCUCCUCCGAGUCCUAGUCCCUCCAGGCGAUCUCAGGACAAACAUCGGAAACAGGCCAUGGCUGAAUAUGCGAACGGCGAAAAACCGCAGAAAGUUUCGUCAGGAACGUCGACCAGCGGCAGCGGAAAAGUUAGGGGCGUGCCUCAAAGUUUCGGUUACGUGAAGAGGCACAGCGCCGGCACCAGCCCGAGCCCAAAUGGAGUUCAAAAUGGUGGCAAGGAUUCGACGAGAACCGCCCAAGUUAGCGCUGUUCCAAGGACCAAGGUUAAAGUAUCGGGCGGCACGCAAACGUGUACCACCGAGCUUCAAGCCAACUCCUCGGCGCCUAACCAGGGCCACCAUUAUAAGAGCUACAGCCUGACCGGGCCGAGCGCGAGCCAACUAUCUCAAUCGGUGCGUGAUCGGCUUAUGCUCGGCUCGCAGAGCCUGCCCAAACCUGGAAGCCCAGAAUUCACCGCGUUAUUCGCGUCUGCGCAUCAUCGCGAGCGGGGGUCGGGCGCGGGGCCUACCGCCACCUCCUUCUCGCCACGGGUUCUCAAACCGUCUGAUGGAAGUCUAAGCGACACGUGCAGCAAUUACGCAGCCCCUGAUCUCCAAGGAUAUUACACUCCUAACAGCCCGUACACAACGUCCUGGAUGAGACAUAGCAACACGUACACGCCCAGCGGGCGUUCUCAAGGGAUGGGAUUAUGCGAAGCGGACAGCGUAGAGUCUUUGGGCUCGCAUCGGGCAAGUUUGACCCACGCUCGUUUGUUGAUACAUCAAAGAGACUCGACGGGAUCCCCAGCCCCGCCACGGCUCAACAGAAGCAAUUCCAUUAGCCAUCUGCGGGACAGGACAUUCCCAAGAUCCACGAAAAGUGAAAAAAUGUAUCCGUCAAUGUUAGUUAGAGGAAGUGGUGCCUCAUCCUCCGUUGGCGAGGAGGUCGGAGUCGGGAUAGGGAUGAGCGUAGGCGUUGAACCGUAUUACAGUGUUCCCGUAGGAUCUACCGGGUGUACCGGUCAACACUGGUCUCAACCGACCUCUCCAACGCCCACGCACACUUCUCGCCAACCGCCCAAUCUUUACCAACACGUGCACAAGGAUGAUGAUAUCCAUGGUUCUUCUGUAUCUUUGGUAUCGACAGCAAGCAGUCUAUACAGUUCAGCCGAGGAGAAACAGGCACACGAGCUGAGAAAAUUACGACGGGAACUCGUAGACGCCCAAGAGAAGGUCCACUCGUUGACAAGCCAGUUAUCGACCAACGCUCAUGUGGUGUCGGCUUUCGAGCAAUCGUUGUCCAACAUGACACAACGUUUGCAACAACUGACAGCAACAGCCGAAAAGAAAGACUCGGAACUUCAAGAAUUGAGAGAAACGAUCGAGAGGCUUCGAAAACAGAGCGCCGAGGCCAGUUUAAAUAAUGGGACAACGGGCGCGAACAACGGUCGCCGUCACACACUCGGCGAUUCCGAUUCCGGGACAACAGGAUGCACCGGAAACAAUAACCAUCAAGGUGCCUCGAUGGCGAGACAAUUGUCCGCGGACAGUGUCACCUCGUUGAAUUCGUUGAGCAGCGCAUGCUCGGCGAGCAGUCAUCACAAGAAGAAAGGUUGGCUACGUAGCUCUUUCUCGAAAGCUUUCUCGAGAUCACGGAAAAAUAGACACGGCUCAGUGUCCGACGCCGAAGAUUGCAAGGAGAAUGCUAGCGGAGACUUGAGCGCGCCGAACAGUCCUAGAUUGCCUAGCGCCUCUAAACACGAGUCUUCGCGAAGUGGUCAAAAUGGUAGAAGCAACGGACAGAAAUCCCCCGAAGUUGAAAAUCCAUUGACGGGAAGCAAAAGCAGUUCGGCUUUGUACAAGAAAGAGGACGAGGACGUGGUGGAAUUGAAGAAACAACUCAGGGAAAAGGAUCUCGUGUUAACGGAUAUCAGACUCGAGGCUUUAUCUUCGGCGCAUCAAUUGGAAUCGUUGAAAGACACUGUGAUCAAAAUGAGGAACGAGAUGCUUAAUUUAAAGCAAAAUAACGAACGUCUACAGAGACUGGUGACGUCAAAAUCCUUAACAUCGUCUCAAUCAUCGUUACCUAGUGAUCCAGAUAGACGUUUCAGUAUGACAGAAGUAGCUUCCACUGUUGCCGCGCUUUCAAAUGGUGAUACUAGUACGACAGCUGACCAAUUAGAAGAUUUAAAUGUACCGGAACAUUCAGUGGUACCAUCGACCACCUCGACUACAGGAGAGCCAACUUUGGAACAAGAUACGGAUGGGAAAAGAAUUAACGUCGCUAUCUACCUAGGCAGUGAGAAAAAUUUCAACUAUAAUCUCGUAACUGGAAGUACUUCGGACGGUAGUAUCGGUGAACCUCCUCAUUGUGUUAUCGCGAAUGUUUGCAUCAGUAAUAAAACUACCUGGGAUUCUCUUGAUUCCACUGUAAGACGUUGUUUCAAGGAAUACGUUUCGAGAGUUGAUCCCGUGACAAAUUUGGGCCUAGGAGUUGAAUGUGUUGCUGCUUAUCAUCUCGGAGAAGCUUCUAGAUGCACUACAGAUUCUCAACAUCCAGAAUUGCUCCCUUGCGGCUACUUAAUCGGUCACGUAAAGACCAUUUAUUUGGUACUUUCUGGUUAUUCGUGGCUCGCUGUCGAUACUUUAAUACCACGAUCGAUUGUGCAGCGAUUAAUAUCUUUGCUAACCGAACAUCGUAGAGUUAUUUUAUGUGGACCUAGUGGUACUGGCAAGAGCUAUUUGGCUGGAAAAUUAGCUCAUGCAUUGGUGGAUGCCGAUAAUGAUACGAAAGAUGCUACGGCUGUAGCCACGUUCAAUGUAGAUCACAAAUCCAGCAAAGAACUUAGACAAUAUCUCGCCCAUAUCGCCGAAAGAUGUGAUUCGAAUGCAGCUGAUGAAUUACCAAGGGUAAUCAUUCUUGAAAAUUUACAACACGCUGCAUCUUUAGGAGAAUUAUUCAGUGGCUUGCUCGGUACUAGACACUCAUCUUGUCCAGCUAUUAUUGGCACCAUGAGUCAGGCUACUUGUAGUACCACGAAUCUUCAAUUGCAUCACAAUUUUAGGUGGGUACUUUGUGCUAAUCAUAUGGAACCAGUUAAGGGAUUCUUAGGUCGCUAUCUUAGACGGAAACUGCUGGAACACGAAUUACGCGAAUGUGGUGGAACUAGAAACGCAGAAAUGGCAGCAGUUGUCGAAUGGUUACCCCGGGUUUGGCUACAUCUUAACAAGUUCCUAGAAAGUCAUAGCAGUUCUGAUGUCACAAUAGGACCUCGACUAUUUCUAUCCUGUCCGAUGGAAGUAACAGGUUCUCAAGUAUGGUUUACGGACUUAUGGAACUAUUCUGUAGUACCAUAUCUGGUGGAAGCAGUCAGAGAAGGAUUGACACUUUACGGCAGACGCGUUAGCGGAAAUGGAAAUGGAGAUUCUUCUUGGGAAGAUCCAGCUCAAUUUAUCACUUCCAGUUAUCCUUGGAUUUCUACGCAUGCUGUACACGGUGGUAGUGAUGCUCUACUUCGUUUAAGACCAGAAGAUGUUGGUUACGAUGUUGUUACGUCCGGACACACUUCUGGAGUUGGUGCAUCAAGCGUGAAAAGUCUUGGUAGCACGCAUAGCGACACUGAAGGAGAUCCUCUACUGAAUAUGUUGAUGAGAUUACAGGAAGCAGCCAAUUAUUCGAGUCCUCAUAGCAACGACAGUGAUUCGGUUACUUCCCUUGAUUCAUCGCACACUCGACAUUCGGAGGACUUAAGUUCAUCAACAUCUUCGUCAAGAGGCGUAGAAUCGGCACUUUAAUUAGCAAUGCUAUUGUCAUUAAGAAAAAUGAAAUACAACCUGAAUAUGAAUAUCUUAUGAAUAUAAUCGUACAUCAGGCCAGUUUGUAAUGUUCCAUUUUAAAAAUAACGAUUUACGUAUGAGAGUAUCUGAGAAAAAUCUGAAGAAGAAAAGAAACGGAAAAGAAAUCAAAAAUAAAUUUUGGAUAUCUUUAUGAUAUAAAUCUUUUCUUUUUAACGUUUUAUGACAAAAAUAUCAAACAAAUAUUAAACAGCCAAGCUAUAAACAAAGACUAAGAUAUUUUCAGCAAUGCGUGAUAGGAUGCUCUUUAUAAAAUACGUCCUUCCAUUUGUUUUUACGUAAAGCAAUGAUGUGCAUUAAAAAAAUGAAAUUAAAAAUGUCAAGAAAAAAGCCUACAGCUGGCCUAUAUUUAUUCUAGUUUUUAUGUGCGCCAUGCACUUUGGUGUGAUAUGUAAUUAAAUAAGUAAGAGAUAAACAAGCGAUAUUUCUAUGUUCUUUGGAUAUAAUGACGUAUAAAUAUGUACGUCAUCACGCAAUGCAAUAAUCUACGCUGCCGUUAUGGAAGUACGAGUCUAUUUUAAACAAAUACAUUUCUAUGAUUAAAUCAAGUACGAUUAAGUGUAGCUUAAUGCGACUUUACUCGAGAAAUUUUGAUGGAAUAUACAGUAUUAUUAUAGGGAGUAAAAUAAAAGGGCUUCGAACUGAGCCAAGAUUUAGGAUCGAGGAACCGAUGUUCCUUUCGUCCAUUACUUUCAGGUAAAAUAGCUUAUCAUAUGCGAUAUACAGAUCUCAUGGACGGACCGCUCAAUGGAGUAUUGUUUCGCCUUCAGAAAUAUAGCACAGUUCGAAGUGGGUACUGAUGAAUGUGCGUGCAAAAAUAGUCUAUUUAUACAUACUUUGCUACAAAAGUUCUAUUUAAUUAAAAAAUGUUAAUAUAAUAUAUAUAUAUAUAUAUAUAUAUAUAUAUAUAAUAUAACAUAAUAUAUAUAUAUAUAUAUACAUAUAUAUACAUAUACAUAUACACAAUCUAACGAUGGCGCUAAAUUUAUGUUACGAAUAAAAUUUAUAAUUAGCUAGUAAGAUACGUGAGUAAUUCUGGUCAUGUAACAUUGUAAAUACAAAAGACAAAUGAAAUGUAUGAUGACGCUAGAUACAAAUUUGAUUCAAAAUCCCAUAGUAGCCUGCAAGAUCUCUUUUAAUAAAAUGACGUGUAAAGUGUAUAAAGAAAAAGAGAAAAAGAUGAAAUGCAAAGGAAUUGAAUCCUUCAUGUGCAAUUUGUCAGAUUAUAGCGCAUCAAAAUGAUAAAAAAUAACAGGCUACAUAAAAUAUACAUAGUGUACAUGUUUGAUAAGCCUUGAAGUCGAUUUCAGAGUUUGAUCGAUAUUAUAAUGUCCAUAAAUAUGAUGUGCAUGUAAUAAUUAUACAGUCGCAUUUACAGGUUUUUUACGUUUGUACCGUAUUUAUACGCUGUACGACGCUGCACUGGAUCUUCAUUCAAAUAACGAUAAUUAUCGUGUCAUCAAAUAAAUUACACUAAACUUUACAUGAUUGGAUAUGCUAA